GAUGGCAAGCUUGUUCUGGUACGUUCAGUUUGCAUAUUUUCAGAUGCAGAUAUUUCAGAUUAAACGACUAAUAAGAGCAUGGUUAUCAAACAAUUUAACCCCAAAUCAAAUAAAUACUAAUUCAAUUCCCCAAAUUUAUUGAUAUAAAAUUAUUUUAAGCAACUGAAAAGCAUUUCCUGGAACGAAAAUGUUCCCAAAUCCUUAUUGGUUACAUCAAACACGCCCUUUUUCGGGAGGUCGUUCGGACUCGUGACGGAUAACGCACACGAGGAGAACAUGAAAUAUCACAUAGACAGUUCCGUUUUCAAUUUUAACUGGGAACAAGUAGCCAUAUCUUUUUGGCAGAGAUACCCAAACCCCUUCGCUAAACAUGUGCUAUCAGAGGAUGUUAUCUCAAGAAGAGUGGUCGGUCAAGAACUUCAUACCAAACGUCUGCUGUCUAAAACGAACAAAAUGACAAAUUUUGUGAAAAAGUUUUCAAGAGGCGAAACUUUUACAUUUGUGGUGGAGGAAUCUAUCGUAGAUCCCAUUCGUAGACUUAUCACGACAUACACAAGAAACGUUGCGAUGCAAAAUAUAGUAUCUGUGGAAGAGAAAGUAGUGUACAAGCAGGAUCCCCAAAACAAGAACAUGGUGGUAUGUGAAAGAAAAGCAUGGAUUUACUCCCCGUUACGAUUUGGAGCAAGUGGCCCAGUGUGUUCUUUCGUACAUCAAAGGUUUAAAAAUAAUGCAGUAAAAGCUUCAAAUGGAUUUAGAUUUGUAUUAGAGAACAUGUUCUCCCCAAACGAGCAGUCUCAGUCUGCAAACAUUCCUGGACAGAUUUACAUGUCAAAAGAGAUGAUGACAGAAGGGGCCAAAAAGGCAACUGAGUAUGCAAAGAAACACCCCAAAGUCUUAAUCAGAUGAGAUUUCAUCAACUCUCACGAGAUUCGAUUGGUGCAAACAUAACAGUCAUUGCAGCACUCGAUGUUGCAAUACCACAAAAAUGCAUUUUUGAAUUUUCAUUAACAUGUGUGAAUUAAGUUCUGCUUUGUGAGUGAUGAUUACUGUGCUAUUACCAUUUCAUUUAUCAUUAAAUGAUAACAAAUUA